AGCUCAUCCCUCCUACUAGUCCCAGUGAUACCAGUGCGCGCGCAGCCACAGGUUGUGCUCAUACGUGCCGGAGACAAGGGACUAUCAUCGCUUCACCUCCGCUCCGGUGCUGCUGCAUUGACGGAGGGAACUCAUAAAUCUGCUUUCUGCCUUGUUUUGUUCGCAUUUUGGACGCAGGGUUGUUAGGCUGAGGGGAAUUAGGACCUUCUGUCUCCUGAGCGUGUGUUCGGCGUUGUGUCGAGGAGCGCGCAGAGAUUUAACAGGUGGAGAAGAUACCCUAAAUCACACUGCACUUACCUUGGAACUAAUGGUGCAUGCAGAGGAUGUGGCGAACUGUCCUGACUGCUGAGCAGCAGAGUGUGGAGUCUGUUCAGUGUGAACAGCAGUAACAUGAUCUCCAGAUGAUGAUGAUGCAGCGGGAGAUAAGUGGAGCCAGUACCACAGAGUCCUUGUCUUGUUACAAACUAUUCUUCACAGUGGCCACAAUCCAGUCCACUGUAGCAGUGCUGCAGCAAAGUGCAUGAACAGGAGUGUGCACCCUUCAAAUGUGUUCUCACUGAAAAGGGAGUAACCCAUGCAAAUUACAGGGUUUUGAAGAGUGUGUGCUGACCUGAUCACUAAAUGGCGCUGACAGUGAACCUUAUCGGCCCUUCACCAUGGGGCUUCAGGAUAUUUGGAGGAAGGGACUUCAAGAAGGCCAUAACUGUAUCAAAGGUUAAUGGUGGCAGCAAGGCAGAGAAGGCAAACCUGCAACCUGGUGACAUUAUCUUGGAGAUCAACGGGGAAAACACGGCCGACAUGCUGAACGUGGAGGCCCAGAACAAGAUCAAGAAUUCAAAGACCCAGCUGCAGCUUGUGGUGGAGAGACCUGAUCCUCCCAGCCCUGGACAGACCAAUGGCAUCAGUAACCCUGAGCAGCUCACCGGACGCUUCCAGGAGGCAGUAAUAGUGAGUCGAGAUGAGAAUCAGAACUACAGAGAGUAUACCAUUGCCAGCCCUGCAUCGCUGUCUCCUGGACCUUAUUCACCAGAUUAUUCUGCCAUCCCAGACGGGAAGAGGGAGAUGCUGACACCGACCACCAACAAGAGUGUCCAGCUGCGCUCAUGGUCUCCAGAAGAGAAGAGUCACAGGCUGUCCAGACCUCUAUCACAGGAGUUCUCACCUUCAGACAACAGAAAUAACUCGGUGUCCAGCAGAACCCCGACCCCACCAGGACGCUACUCACCCCAUAGCCCCAUUGAUCGGGAUGUACCCAUGUCCCCUCGUCGCAGCAGUACCAGCUCUGACUUUGCCAUGCAGAGGUUUGACAGGGACUCGGAGGUGUACAAGAUGAUCCAGGAGAAUAAGGAGUCCCGCACGGCGCCUCGUCAGUCCAACACCUUUAAAAUGCUGCAAGAAGUCCUGGAGGCUGACGAGAAAGAGGCAGCCCUGCGGUUUCCAGGAAAGCUCACGCCCGACGUCCCCAAACCAAACACAUCAGUGGGAGGAGUCAGCAAAAACCACACCUGUGAGAAGUGUGGCACCAGCAUUGUCACGCUGGCUGUGCGCAUCACGGACGACCACUUCCGCCACCCGGAGUGCUACACUUGCACAGAUUGCGGUCUUAACCUCAGGAUGAGAGGUCACUUUUGGGUUGGAGAUGUGAUGUACUGUGAGAAGCAUGCCAAAGAGAGGCACCAAGGCCCAGGUAGUUCCCCUCAGGCCACCGUGUCCCCUCGCCAAUGAGUCUGCAACUCCACCUCAUCGGACUCAGUUAUGGACCUUGGGAUGGGGCAUGGAGGUGGACACUGGUCAACAAUAUGGCACAGGAUAUUCUUUUCUGAUCACAUUUAACCAUACUUUGCAAUAUUAUGAUUCACUUUCUUGCCUUUUCUUAUAACUGUUUGAGAAUUGGGGCUUUGUUUUUUCAUAUGGCCCAGCCUCCAUAGUCUCUUUACGUUAUUUGUAGCUCAACUCAAGCCACAUCCCAUUGUACAAAGGCCAGAUUUACAUAACACCAACACUUUAGACAAACUCAACAGGACUGGCUCUCUGACUCUAAUGAUUGGGAUAAUCACUUGAAUCUCCUGCUGACACAAAGGGACCAAAAUCUCACCCACACUGCAUGCCAUUUUAAAGAUGUACACAGACAGUGCUGUGUGUGUGUGUGUGUUUGUGUGUGGUUGCAUGCUUUCACCUGCAGAAGUGUGGUGGCUUCUGCAUGCUGUGUGUGUGUGUGUGUGUGUGUGUGAGAGAGAGAGAGAGAAGAGAGGGUAAGAGGGAAAGGGGGUCCAUGUUGUUACAGAUACAAAGGAGUUUGUGAAUUUUGCGCUAGAGUCGGGCCAAAAGUCCUUGAGUUUUUCUACAUUGCUUUUGUAAGCAGAAUUUGAGUAGAAAUAAUGAGAGAAAAUACAUAUUUUGCUGACUUGUUUUGCUGUUGCUUAUGAGGGACUAUAGAUUCAUUCAAUAUACAAAUAUUUUUUGAUGUUUUUGUGAUUGAACUGUAUUCUAUGAUAUAGACCAUUUAAAAUGCGUAAUGUAUGCACAGAACAUUUAGUGUGAAAAGAGCUGAUAAUGAUACUACAUUUGUCCAGUUACAGCAGUACUCAGAGAUACACUAUAAUGUUCACAUGUGGCACUUAAUAAAAUCGCACAACCUGAAGCUUCCUCAGUGAUGAUGACUGUGUUGGAAUAAUUAACGUGAGUAAAUGUCUUCCUGCAUCA